UUUAUGGACAGUGGUAUAAAGCCAAUCUGUAAACAAGCAUGGCGGCUAAAUUUUCAUAUUAGAAUUUUUUAUAACAAUUUGCUUGGUUUACAACCGUGUGGUUAAACAUUCCAAUUUUUCAUAGUGAACUUAGUGAAAUGAAACAAUUGAGUUUGAUAUGGACUGACAAAAACGGCUAAGUGAAGAUGGGUGAUGGUGGACCACCUUCUGGGAUGUCGUUCCCACAGAAAGUCCACACAGAAGAAGAGGACUUUGUUAUUGAGCUUGACGAGUCCCACAUGGCAGGUGCCCAUGACACUUACGGAUUGGAUGACCGGUCAAGGUGUAAACGCCGCAAAAGGUGUGGUCAGUGUGGACCAUGUCAGGUUAAAGAAAACUGUAUGAAGUGCCAUUUUUGUAUUCGCAAAGACGUCCUCAAACAAACUUGCAUUUACCGUAAAUGUGUAUACUUGAGAUCAAAGCCUAAACCAUAUAGCCGACCUCAUCACCAGAGUCCGCAGGGGCGUGUUUCUCCAAGAGAAAUGGUGCAGUCUCCUCCUGGAAUCAGGCCGCCAUCAAAUUCACAAACGCACCCAGGAAUACCAUUCACAGAUCCUGGACUUCAUAUGCCAGAGCCUCGCCCAGAAAAUCAUCCUUUCUUCCCAGCACAACUACCUCAGCAAUCCACAGUGACUGCACAGCAAAAUAAUGGAUAUGCGUCUCCGCCCAAUCCUAUUAUGGAUAACAGAACACCUUCUUUACCGAAUCAUACUGCUGGCACACCUAUGAAUAUGCAGAUAAGUGCAAGCCCUCAUGCUCCGAACAACGCCACCUCACCGCCCAUUCAAAAAAUGCAGGAUGCAACUUCUCCAGUGGUGCCUCAACCUGUAAAUAGUCCAAUGGCAGCAAUUCCAGGCAUUCCUACUCCCAUAUCGUCUUGUCCAAGUAUCACGCCACAUAUCCCAUCCAUGCCUCAUAUGGGGCCACCAGUUCCCUCUGUAUUUUCACCAUCAUCAAUGUCAAGUGCUUCACUUACUAACAUCCCCCCUAUUCCUACACUACCCAGCAUGCCUGGUAUUGGUGAAAGGACUGUUAAUGAGUUUCGACCGCCUGAGCAGUUCUCGUUGACCCCCCAUCACCCGCAUCCUCAUUAUCCCCCUGUUCACCCACAUCCACACAUGCCAACAAGGGAUACGGGGCUAUUUGGAGACCCCACAAGGGUACCUCAUAUGAACUUUAAUGCUGCAAAUCACAUUGAUACAUUCGCAAGGGGACCAAAUGACUCAUCAUGCAUGUACCAUCCUGGACUGCCAUAUUCAAUGCCUGGACAUUAUCAGCCUAGUGGACAUUCUUUUAUACCAGGUGCUUCUGAAAUGAAUCCGUUCCGUUCAAAUUUUCUAAAUUCCUUCCCGCCAGGAUAUUCUUAUCCGCCUGACAGAUACCGGGAAGGAUUUGGUUCGUUGCCUUUUUCGAGGUUAGGAAUGUCAUCAACAGCCUCGUUUCCACAAUAUCCAGGUCAAGGUCAUGGAUACGGUAUGGGGAACACUUUUUCUCAACAAUAUUAUAAUUCUCAGCACGGGUGUCCAAAAAACGGCUCACGCCCUCCUGUUUCACCCAGCACUGACGAUGUGAAGGUGUUACAGGCAGGGUAUAAAAUCAAUGAAAAUAUUCCUAAGUCAAAAGAGUCGGAAACAGGCAAUACAAAGCAAAAAGUGUCAGAAUUGUGUAGUCCAAGAAGUGGAGCAGAGGAAAAUAAUCGUGAGAGGAGAAAUUCAGGGAGAUCCAACAGUGAUAUUCAUCAAGCCUUCGCUGACGUUAUUCAUCAAAGAACAAGGUCAAACUUUGGUGAUAUGUCACCAAGAAUGGAUCAUUUACGCGCAUGGGGUGAAUUCUUUCUGAAUAAAACAUUUGGAAGGCAGGAUAGCUUUCCGCAUCAUGGUUUAAAGACACCUAGUAAGAAUGACACCACGUUGCAGAAUUUAAGACCACCAAUUUGGGAGCCGUGGCGAAUACCACCGUGGCACAGUCCAAGAAGGGAUGAUGUACGGAGUCGUACAAGCACAAGUACCUUGUCUUCAGAUUUCGAAUGCGAGGUGAUCAGCAUAGAUGAUCAUCAAAUGAAUGCUCUAAUACGGUCUGAUGGUUGCAACAGCAUAGAAAUUGAGUUCGAUAACAGCUCAUUGUGUUCUAGCGAUGAAUCACCGAGAAAAUCCCUGUCCACAAGCUCGGCAAUGAGCGAUUUCAGUUCACCGAUCAAGAAUAACUAUUUUCAGCCAAUUGAAAAAUGGCGUAUAAGUGAACCGAGAUCUGUUAUCUCACCAUGGCAAGAAACGGAGUCUGAAUCUACAGGGAAGUCUCACUUAAAUCAAGGCUUGAUUAAAAUCGCGAAACAAAACGAAAACCCCAGCACAAAAGCUUCAUUUCGGUCUCCAAAACCAAGAAAAAGUUCAAAAGUGUUCAUUAAAGGGACAGUUUGUAUUCGGCAGGACUUAGGGGAUGAAGGGACCAUGCAGCUUGAACUUCCGGGUCAUAAGGUCACGAUCGAGGACACUGUGCUUGGAGAAGAUUUGUACAAUCAGUGCAGUGAUAUUGAAGAGCUGAAAGAAUUCAUUAAAAGUAACAAUAGUGUACAGGUGACCAAGGAACCGGAUACAGUUCCUGUUUAAAGGCAGCUUUUUUGUUGUGAAUUUUAUGUGUAAAAAAAGAAUCAUGUAUGUUAAUAAUACAAAAUAUGUUAAAGAUUUAUUUUAUCACGAUGGCAAUACACUUAUCAAUGUUUUAAUUUUUAAUUGUCAUAUGUUGUUUGUUUAGCUCUUAUUUUAGAAUGAUAUUGUUGUAAUCCCCAAUAGUAUUAUCUUUGUUUUAAUGUCAUCAUUAAGGUUAUAUUAUAGUCUAAUUUGAAGGUAUAAGGGUAUUCAGCAAGUUGGUUUAAUGUUAUAUCCUCAUUAAUGGUAAAAAUCACUGCAUUUAUGAUUAUUGACUCCUGUGUCUUAAAAAGGUUUAAUAAGGAAUGACCAUUGGCAUAGUAAAAUAUCAUGCCUCCAGAUUCAUGCUAAUUUUUUU